AUGGCGUCACGAAUAAUCUCCAAUCGUCCUCUUCUUGAAGGAAUCACAGGAGAAACGAUACCGAACGGACAUGGAAGACAAAAUCGAAAAGCUCUUGGAGACAUUGGGAAUCUCGUCAAGGAUGUUGCGAGGAAGGCGAAACCGCAACAGAAACAGUCAAAGGCAGAGGUUAUUGUCGUUAGCCCUGAUGCAAUUGAGAAAAGCUGCAAAACACGGCAGAUAAGAGGGUCCAAGACUUUUACCGCAACCUUAAGAGCUCGAAGCAAGGCUGCGAGUGGACUCAAGGAUGAUGGUGUGAUUGACAUCGAUGCUCAGGAUGCUGGCAACGAACUGGCUGCUGUGGAAUACGUAGACGACAUGUUCACGUUUUACAAGGAUGUAGAGGAGGAAGGGAGAAUCAGAGACUAUAUGGGAUCACAGCCUGAAAUAAAUGUGGAGAUGAGAUCGAUUCUUAUUGAUUGGCUUAUUGACGUCCACAGAAAGUUUGAGCUGAUGCCAGAGACGCUUUACCUCACCAUUAACCUCAUUGACAGAUUUCUUUCUUUCAAAGUGGUCCCUAGAAGAGAGCUUCAGCUGUUAGGAAUAAGCGCCAUGCUUAUAGCCUGCAAGUACGAGGAGAUUUGGGCUCCUGAGGUUAACGAUUUCGUCUGCAUCUCGGAUAAUGCCUAUUGCAGAGAACAAAUCCUGGCUAUGGAGAAGUCAAUCUUAGGACAAGUCGAAUGGUGCAUCACUGUUCCAACGCCUUUUGUGUUCCUUGCGCGCUAUGUUAAAGCUUCGGCUCCAUGUGACAUGGAGAUGGAGAAACUGGUAUUCUACCUGGCUGAGCUGGGACUUAUGCAAUGUCCCAUACUUGUCUUAAACCGUCCAUCGAUGCUGGCUGCUUCAGCGGUUUAUGCUGCACGCCAAACCCUUAAAAAGACACCAUUUUGGACUGAGACUUUGAAACAUCACACUGGCUACUUGGAAGAUGACAUAAUGGAGGUCGCCAAAAUGCUGAUGAGGUUAAGGGACUCGGCUUCAGAAAGUACGCUAAGAGCAGUAUUCAAGAAAUACUGCGUCUCAGAAAACGCUGAAGUUGCUCUUCUCUGUUCGUUAGAUUAUUUAUCCGUCUCUUGUUCAUGA